GCGCGGAGCGGGUGCCGGGCGCGGAGAUCGGCGAGCGCAGCCAUGCCCCAGGCCGCCUCCGGGGCAGCAGCAGCGGCGGAGGCGGCGGCGGCGGCGGCGGCGGCCGGGGCGCGGGCCGGGGGCGCCGGGGGCCCGGCGGCGGCGGGCCGGGGACGACGAUGAAGCGGCAGAAUGUGCGCACGCUGUCGCUCAUCGUGUGCACCUUCACCUACCUGCUGGUGGGCGCCGCGGUGUUCGACGCGCUCGAGUCGGAGCCGGAGAUGAUCGAGCGGCAGCGGCUGGAGCUGCGACAGCUGGAGCUGCGGGCGCGCUACAACCUCAGCGAGGGCGGCUACGAGGAGCUCGAGCGCGUCGUGCUGCGCCUCAAGCCGCACAAGGCCGGCGUGCAGUGGCGCUUCGCCGGCUCCUUCUACUUCGCCAUCACCGUCAUCACCACCAUCGGCUACGGCCACGCGGCGCCCAGCACGGAUGGCGGCAAGGUGUUCUGCAUGUUCUACGCGCUGCUGGGCAUCCCGCUCACCCUGGUCAUGUUCCAGAGCCUGGGCGAGCGCAUCAACACCUUCGUGCGGUACCUGCUGCACCGCGCCAAGAAGGGCCUGGGCAUGCGGCGCGCCGACGUGUCCAUGGCCAACAUGGUGCUCAUCGGCUUCUUCUCGUGCGUGAGCACGCUGUGCGUGGGGGCCGCCGCCUUCUCCUACUACGAGCGCUGGACCUUCUUCCAGGCCUACUACUACUGCUUCAUCACGCUCACCACCAUCGGCUUCGGCGACUACGUGGCGCUGCAGAAGGACCAGGCGCUGCAGACGCAGCCGCAGUACGUGGCCUUCAGCUUCGUCUACAUCCUCACGGGGCUCACGGUCAUCGGCGCCUUCCUCAACCUCGUGGUGCUGCGCUUCAUGACCAUGAACGCCGAGGACGAGAAGCGGGACGCCGAGCACCGCGCGCUGCUCACGCACAACGGGCAGGCGGGCGGCGCGGGCGGCGGCGCGGGCGGCCUGGGCUGCCUGAGCGCGCGCCUCGACGGCGGCGGCGGCGCCGGCGGCUUCGCGCAUGCGCACGCUCACGCGCACCACGCCGUGUCGCCCUUGGCGGCCCCGGGCGGCCUCGGGGUGCGCGGCGGCGGCGGCGCCGGCGGCUUCCGCAACGUCUACACCGAGGUGCUGCACUUCCAGUCCAUGUGCUCGUGCCUCUGGUACAAGAGCCGCGAGAAGCUGCAGUACUCCAUCCCCAUGAUCAUCCCGCGGGACCUGUCCACGUCCGACACGUGCGUGGAGCAGAGCCACUCGUCGGCGGGCGGGGGCGGCCGCUACAGCGACACGCCCUCGCACCGCUGCCUGUGCAGCGGGACGCAGCGCUCCGCCAUCAGCUCCGUGUCCACCGGCCUGCACAGCCUCACCACCUUCCGCGGCCUCAUGAAGCGCCGGAGCUCCGUGUGAACCACCACGGCCCGCCGGGCCUCCUCGACGGUGAGCGGUCAGCGAGCGCCACGGAGCCCGCGAAGCCACAGAGCAGCAGCGGCGGCGG